CGCCCCACCGCCGCCACCACCGUCGGCUGGGGCGGCCACGGCAGCGGUGCCGGAGCAGGCGAACCCCGAGGAGCUGGAGGAGUCCUCCAACAGCUACUUCAGCAAGAUAUACACGGGGGAGAUGACCGUAUCCCAGCUGGUCGACAUCAUGAAGGACUUCGCUUCUUACGAGAAGGGGAGCUGGAAGCACGAGGUGUACAGCCGCAUGAUCUCGAACCUCUUCGACGAGUGCCGCUUCUUCCCGAAGUAUCCCCCGCAGGAGCUGACCAUCACUGGCGAGCUCUUCGGCAAUCUCAUCAAGUGCGACCUGGUGCAGACCUCGUACCUGGGCCUGGCCCUGCGCUGCGUGGUGGAGGCGCUGCGCCGACCGCUGCACACGAAGAUGUUCAAGUUCGGGAUCCUGGCGCUGGAGCAGUUCCUGGAGAGGCUCCCGGUCUGGCCGCCCCUGUGCCAGCACCUGGCCGGCAUCGAGCACCUGAAGGAGGCCUACCCCGCCUACGUGGAGUACGCGUCCGCCAUCCUCGAGGCCCUCCCGCCGGAGCUGCGCACCUCGACCCCCGGGACGCAGCUCGCCCCGCUGAAGCCGGACGUGCUCAAGAACUACAACAUGCCGGCCCCGCCUCCAAGGCUGUCGGGCCUGUCUGUGGCUGCGCCCGCGCAGCAGGACAGCCAGCCUCAGGAG